AUGGCUUGGUCCGCCGCUGCAAGGAUCUUCCAAAUGCCGUCGAUCGAUAUCGGCGCACUACGUAACCGGCUUCCAUUAGCCGCAGUUGUCGGCUUCGUAUCCUUGGCCGCCGUUAACAUGCGCCGCCCUGCCUCGGUAUCUCGAUCGACGCCCUUCGCAUCCUUAGGCAUUUCUACUGAUACCACUGCCAGCAUAAAGGAAGCCAUUCAAACAGAAAAGGCUCCAGCAGCAUUGGGGCCAUAUUCUCAAGCCAUUAAAGCAAAUAAUAUGCUUUUCGUGUCUGGGGUUCUUGGGCUAAUUCCAGAGACAGGAAAGUUUGCCUCAGAUAGUGUAGAGGAUCAAACUGAGCAGGUUCUUAAGAAUAUGGGUGAGAUACUUAAAGCAAGUGGUGCCAGCUAUUCCUCGGUGGUCAAAACAACAAUCAUGUUGGCUGAUCUCGAAGACUUCGAGAAAGUAAAUGAGAUCUAUGCUAAAUAUUUUCCAUUGCCUGCGCCAGCUCGUUCAACUUACCAGGUGGCAGCACUACCAAUGGAUGCAAGGGUCGAAAUCGAGUGCAUAGCUGCUCUACAAUAG